UCUGAGUCUAAUUAGAGCUGCAGGUGGUGGUGUGGAGCCUCAUCAACACACACACACACACACACACACACACACACACUUCAUUAGAAUUUCCCAGUUUCUGCUUCUCAGAGGAAAAGGAUUUUGAGCUUUAAACAAAAACAAGGAGCUUGUGCUGAAGGGAAAGACUUUCACUGAAACACAGACAGCGAGGACGUGGAGCCCUUUACUUUCCUCCUCCUCCUCCUUCAUCAUCUUCAUCAGCAUGACAAAGCUCCGGGGGGGAGCGGAGUGGCGCGGCGCGCUCAGCCCGCACAGGGAGUCCGGAGUCCGGCUACAGAUCUCAACCACGCCGCGGUGCACCGGGACCUCCGAGGAAACUUUGCGCCCGAACUCCGGGGCCAUGGACGGGGUUUUGGCGCAACACAGCGGGGCAAUGGGGAGUGUGUUACCACAGCUAACCGGCCCCGAAGAGAAACCUGUACCCGGAUUGAUGGACGAGUCUCGGGCCGGGACUCACGGUGCCUCCCGACUCCCCGCGGAUCAGCACGCCGGCGAAUGGGCGCCGAACGCGGGCAAGAAGAAGAACUAUCAGCGCUACCCGAAACCGCCGUAUUCUUACCUGGCCAUGAUCGCCAUGGUGAUCCAGAACUCACCCCAGAAGAAGCUCACUCUCUCUCAGAUCCUGAAAGAGAUAAGUACGCUCUUCCCCUUCUUCAAAGGGAACUACAAAGGAUGGAGAGAUUCGGUGCGGCACAACCUGUCCUCCUACGACUGCUUCGUCAAGGUGCUGAAGGAUCCGGGGAAGCCUCAGGGGAAGGGGAAUUUCUGGGCUGUGGAGGUGAGCAGGGUCCCUCUGGAGCUGCUGAAGAGGCAGAACACGGCCGUGUCCAGACAAGACGAAACCAUCUUCGCCCAGGACCUGGCGCCCUACAUCCUGCAAGGGCACACUCCUGCUCAGCAAGAUGAAACGCAGCCCGCCGCGCCUGACCUGCCCAUCCGGCGCCCGUCCCCUGCUCCAGAAGACCUUUAUCGUCCCAAACUGGACUCGUCCUUCGCUAUCGAUUCGCUCUUGCACAGCUUUAGACCGGCGGACGCGCUCAGGGGUCGAGGUGACGGAUGGGGGACGGAGUCUAAUCAUCGCUCGCCACGCCCUCGAUAUUUUUCAUCCAAUCGGAGCGCGUCAGCCAGUUCCGCCAGUCCUGCGUCUUCCUCGUCGUCCGAUGAAGACUGGAGAGGGAUGACGCGAUUCGAGGUGAGGAAACGAGUUACAGACGGAGGACCCCAUGGUGCCGACGGAUACGACGAUUAUUUCCCGCCGAGCAAAGUAGCGAAGCGCGGUGGUUCGGCGCCUCCUCCUUGGGAGCUGCCAACUUCUUAUGCCAAGUACACACCCCCGAACGCCGUAGCCCCGCCCAGCAUGCGCUUCAACACGAACCCUUUCAUCCCUCUCGGCUCCGUUCCGUUCUACAGCCAUCAUGUCGCGCCCAAUCACUUCGGCGCCCAUUCUUACUGGCCCCUGUUAUCCAGUGGGCGUGUUUCGUUACAAGCUCCGCCCCUGCUGAUGGACUUGGACAGUAUGUUGCAGUCAGUUCCGCCCAACAAGAGUGUGUUUGACGUGCAUACGCCACCAAAUCAAUAUGGACCUCCAUUUAGCAAGUAUUCCUAGCGCUGUUGCUACCGAACUGCUGCUGAAAUAAUAUUUUUAAAUGGGAAAUGAUACAUUUUUCACUCUCCAUCCAAAGGCGGGAACGUUCACUUCUUCUACUAAUCGACUGAUGAAUGUAGCGCAACAAUGACCAAAAACUUUGCACUGACAGUUUGCACUCAUUUUAUCUUUUUGUUGCCAUUUAUUAUUUUUUUUGUAAUAUUUCUGAGAAAUCUUUUAAAUGUUCACCUCGACAUUUUGAAUGUUGUAUUUUAAAACCUACCAUUUUGAAAAGGUUGAAAGCAAGGUGUUGUGUAAAAACAGGGUAUUUAACUGAUGUUUACAUGCUUUUCACGUCUUCCUACCUCGACUUUUUUUUUAUUGUAAAACGUUUUUAAAAAGAAAUGCUACUACCUUUUUUUUUUUUUUUUUUUUCUGUAAUGCUAAAAUGCUACAUGGCUAACCUGCAUGCUAAAUUCCACAUGUGGCUGUAAGGCUACUGUAAACAGUAAUGCUAACUGAUGGUCCAAUUAGCGUUUGUCGCAUUGAUCUGAUGGAUUGUGUUGAUCAUGUGGGUUACAGAUGAGUGUGUGAAGGAGUGUGUGAGUCCCAACCCCCCGGUUUGAGAGAAUCUCGGUGCCGCUGCAUCUGCAUGUUGAUGGCUCGUCGUUAGUCUGCAAUCUCCUGAGCUAUUCAGGGGAAACUUAUCAAAUGCAGAUAGGUGUGUGUGUGUGUGUGUGUGUUUAACAUUGUUUUCUAUUGUUAAGGGCUAUUUUAUAACAAAAAAAAAAAAGAUUCAUUCCAUUUCUUUCCCCUCCCUCCCUCAAAA